AUGAACGUGACCUCGUCCCGCCGCCAGAGCCAGAAGAUGUGUAGCCAGAGCCGUAAAACCAGAGCCAAGAGGCAGAAAGUUGUCACUCCAUUGCCUCCAUUGCCAGAUGAUAUGAUGAUGGAGAUCCUGUUUCGAGUUCCGGUGAGAACCCUUGGGCAACUCAAAUGCGUCUGCAAAACAUGGAAAACCCUAAUUUCCGAUCCGCAAUUCGCGAAGGACCAUUUUCGCGCUUCAACCGCUUAUCCAAACAUGGCCCACCAACUUUUGGUGUCUCCCAUUAACGAUCGCUCAAAAAUGGUAUCAUACUCUGUGAAGUCACUGUUCCAAAAGCCAUCCUCCCCUGCUAAAGGCCAUUCCUUCGAGAUUAAAAAAAGUUGCCGCAUUCUAGGUUCCUGCAAUGGCCUAGUGUGUCUGUAUGAUGUUUUCCAAUCCCAUGUUACAUUCUGGAACCCUGCCAUCAGAUCGGUUUCCAAAACAUUGCCAAUCGGGGGAAAUGGUUUUACUUGCUACGGUUUUGGCUAUGAUCACGUUAAGCACAAGUUCAAGUUGUUAAUUGUCUUUCCUUCACCUCUCCCUGUCACCAAACUAUUCACCUUGGGUGCAACAAGUAUCUGCACCAUGAUUGAGAAUUUCCCAUGUCAUGCGACCAGGAGGGCAGGGAAAUUCUUGAAAGGCACUCUUAACUGGAUAGCAAGAAGAGGGGAAGAUGAAAAAAGUGGUGAAAGGUUGAUUCUUUCCUUUGAUUUGGUGACGGAGGCAUAUGGUGAAGUGUUGCUGCCUAACAGGGACUAUGAUGAGAUCUGCAAUCCUUCCUUAGAUGUCCUGCGUGGCUGUCUUUGUGUUUGUUUCACAGACUACAAGAAAGGUAAUUGGUCUGUGUGGCUGAUGAAGGACUAUGGUGUUCAACUUUCUUGGACUAUGUUGAGCAUCAUCUCUCAUGUUACGUUCGGGAUGCGUAAAUGGAUGCACACGUUUGAGCCCUUGUGCAUUUCAGAAAACGGUGUUCUUCUUGUCAAGACUCCAACUUCCAAAUUAGCUCUCUACAAUUUGGUUGAUGAUAGGAUAGUCAAUCUUAAGGUUAGGGGCAGACUUGGGUUUGACCACACUCAUAUUUACCAUGAAAGUUUGGUUUCACCACAAUUUUAG